GCGUAAGCCAAAAUGGCAGACUUCCUCCACUUUACCCUCCACGUGUAGGCCAAAAUGGCAGACACAAAGCGGCGAAAUUCUCCCGAGCCCAGCCUCAUCGCCGUCGUCGUGAAGCAGCUCCGUUGUGCCCGUCUCUCUGCCGUGGGAACCCAGAUCCACGACCACCGAGCUUGCCCCUACUGUUGCAACUCUUCGCGAGCCUGACCCUCCGCCGCACGAGCCCCGUCGAGCCCACUCCAACGCCGCGCAAGCCCUGUGAAGCCCACUCCUCUGGUGCAACCUCACUUAGAUCCAUCAAGCCCAUCUUCUUCGCGAGCUGCGGCAAACCCAAAUCCGUCCAUCGCCGUUGUACCACUGUGCUCUCCCCAGCGAUCCUGUCGCCGCCGCAAGCUCCUCUUUUCCACCCAUACGUCCACAUAGCACACAAUUUCCCACCGUCUGAUAUUGAUCUUGCGGCCUUAACUCACCCUAACCUCAAGCCUUCUUAAACAUCCUUUUCAACCUCCAUUAUUUCUUUCCGAUUCUCUCUCUCUAUCUGUAAAACAAAGAAAAAUAAAAAGCACCAUGAUGGAGAGUAGCCGUGUAAUGUAAGUUUGAAGACAUGGUGGAACUCUAUGGAUUUCAGACAUGGUGGAACUCUAUGGAUUUCUCGUCAAGUGCUGAACUUUUUGGUGUUGAAGAAUUCAACGCCAGUUAGUUACUCAGAGGUGGAUUUGGUGAAGAAGGACAAGGAAUUGGGGGAUGAUGAAAGUGUUCUGGCUGAGGCGGGUUCGAAGCCGGAGAUAUACACAGAAGAGCAUGAAAAGCUGUUGGGGAACACAGACAAGAGCUGGACGCUGUUUGUGGAUGGUUGUGGGAGUGAUGGCAAGAGAAUCUAUGAUUCAGUUAAGGGAAAAACUUGUCAUCAAUGCAGGCAGAAAACUCUUGGUUAUCGUACUCACUGCAGCAGUUGCAACGCGGUGCGAGGACAAUUUUGUGGAGAUUGUUUGUACAUGAGAUAUGGGGAGCAUGUACUUGAAGCCAUAGAAAAUCCAAACUGGAUCUGCCCGGUUUGUCGUGGGAUUUGCAAUUGCAGUUUUUGUAGGCAAGCAAAGGGUUGGGCUCCAACGGGUACUCUCUAUAAGAAGAUAUCACAAUUGGGCUUCAAAUCGGUUGCACACUACCUCAUUCAAGCCCGUCGAGCUGAGAAAAAACUGGAAAAGAGUGGAGAUACUAAAAAUGAAGUUUAUGUGAAAAGGUCACUGUUCUCAGAUAUGAAAGUACUCUCUGAGGAUUCCCUCGAAGUUACUAAUGAACAUCCUGGAUCACCAGAACAAUUCAAAGAUAAAACCGAUGAUGAUACCAAGAAUAACAACGGCAAUCAAAACUCUGAAAAUAUUGGAUCUCUAGAAGUUGACCACAAAGUUGACGACGUCCUUGGAUCUUCAGAGCAUCAACGUCAAAAUGAGAAGGCCGAUACUUGUCAAAACGAGAAGGACAAAGAGUCGCAUGAAGUAGAACGUGGCAAUAGUGAGAUUGUGUUUAAAAAUACUGAUGUUCAGGCUACUGAAUCAAGAAUGGUGAGAAUUGCUGACAAUGAUUUUCCAGAGACAGAAGAGAGAGUUUUGGAUAGAAAGCAUGCUGUAAACGGAAUCGCAUUGCAAAAGGAAAUGGAUGAAGAGAAUGAUACUCCAAAGGUGGAGACUUCUACUGGCAUUACAGUCAUUACUCAUGAUGAUGGGUUUCUGGGCAUCGUUUUUGAGAAACUCUCAAAUGUUAAGCAGCCGGUAGGUGUUUCUUCGCUAAAUAAAGUGGAGGAUGAGAAAGAACUGUUACCAUCCGAUAUCAAGCAUCAUGAUGUGAGCACUCCAUUGGAGAGCAGUCCAAAACUUAAGCAGAAGCGUGUUCAUCCAAGCUUAGACAGUAUUGGUGGAAGAGUAAGGCAGAGGCGUAAGACGGGUCAUAACUAUGAUGAGGCGCAAGGAAUGUUAGAGAAAGAAAAUUCAGAUUUGAAGCAGGCUGCGAAACACUAGUCAGAAUCGACUUCCUCUAAACGUAGCUCAGAGAGCGUUGCUGGAAGAUUGAGGUCUAGGCGGAAAUCAUCAUGAAGAUGGAUUUCUAUUCCCUCUUUCAAGGACUAAAUGGAGCAUCUUUUUUUGGCUAUGGUGACAGAACUGCUCUGAUGUUUGAAAGAAACACUAUUUUGUAAUUUUGAGUGUGCUUUCUUGUGCAUUUUGAAUUCUGUCCCAAGUCCUUUAGUGAUGGCUAUGAGGUGGAAUGUAGCGAUUACAAUUCUUAUAAUUUCUUGUCUCAUGCUUUGCGCUUUUUUUUUUUUUCAUUUUGUUGGUGGGGUUUUUUCAAUUAAAAAAACUUUAGGAUGAUGAGGGAUUUGAAUUCUACAUCUCGUGAUGGAAUCAGGUGUGGAAUUACUGUUGGGCAGAUUUAUUUUUUGGGUCAGAAAAUUACUUUCU